CGGACCCCCAGGCGGAGCGACAGGUCUCGGGCCCUCAGGCGGAGCGACAGGUCUCGGGCCCUCAGGCGGAGUGGCGGGUGCCGGACCCCCAGGCGGAACGACAGGUCUCAGGCCCCCAGGCGGGGCGGCGGGCACCGAGUCACCAGGCACAACUCGGGCACCGCGUCAUCUGGCAAGGCAGUGGGCUCCGAGUCAACUGGUAUGACCGCGGGCACUGGGUCAGACAUUGGAUCGUCUGGCUGGACAGCGGGCACUGGGUCACCAGGCAUCAGGUCAUUUGGCUUGACAGCGGGCACCGCGUCAUCUGGCAAGGCAGUGGGCUCCGAGUCAACAGGCACGACAGUGAGCACCGGGUCAUCAGGUACCGGAUUGUCUGGCUCGACAGCGGGCAUCGGGUCACCAGGCAUCAGGUCAUUUGGCUCGACAGCGGGCACCGGAUCA